CUGCUAACACGGCUAACACAGCUAACAGUCGGGAAAGGACAGACGGACUAUAACAUGCUAACAGGACUUAGCUUCACUAUUUAUUGACAUUUCCACGAGCCCUGUUAGCUGGGAUGCUAAUUGAAAGCCGGACAGCAUUGGCGUUUGAACUUUGCCCCAACUACACGGAGGGACGUCGACAACAGAACGCUACAGUGUUACCCUCAAGCGUCCUGGUUCUUGGAUUAUGCUGUGUUUGUCCACUGGGUGGCGCCUCCUGAGCCAAGCUCACCGCCACCCUCCCUGCCGCCCCAAGCCUGCAGCUCGGUCCAUCACCAUGUAUGCUACUCGCCUCUACAGCACAACUGGUGCAGCCGGAGUGGGCGGGACAGGAGGUGGGGCCAAACAGGGGAGACGGUCGGGACUGGCUAUGAUGGAGGCACCCCUCCCCCCUCACUCCCAACACCCACACCUGGCCCCGCCUCCCGCAGCCUACCAUCUUUACCAGGGACGACCAGAUGUCCACCGAGGAGCACACUUCCACCAUCACUACCACGCCCACCAGCAACCUGCCCACCUGCCCUUGCCCCCUUUAACCCCUCAUUACCAGCACCACACCCACUUCCACGUGUAUGGAGGCGGGGCUCCGGGGGCCGGGGUCACUGCCCCUGGCAGCAAGAAGAAGACGUGGAACUUUAUCCACGAGAAGAUGAGCUACGACACGUUCUUCACCAUGAAGCGACUGAUAGAGCGUUCACGGCGUCCUGACGAGGUUCUGCGCUGGGUCACCCAGAACCCGGCCAAGAUCUCCCACAACCACUACCCUGUCGCCCUGCAGAAGAUCGGACAGCUGCUGCAAGCCCUGCCAUCACCACCCAACGGAGGGGACGACUCUGAGGCUUCAGGAGGAGGCAGAGCUGAGGGCGGUGACGACCGGCAGAUUCUAGAGCAUCAGGAUUUUCAGACACUCUGUGACGCCAUCAUCAACGACUGCGCCAAAUUUGACAACUUUAGCAUCGUCAACUGUCUGUACGCCGUGGCAGCGCUCGGUCUCCCCAGCGACUCUCAGGUGGUCCAGGUGUUGGAAGCGGAGUCUCAGUCCAGACUGAACCAGUUUAACCAGAAGGAUGUGUCCAUGGUGUUCAGCUCCAGCAUGAAGCUCCACCCUGGCAGUCAGCACCCACUGACCGAAGCCUGUCUCGCCGGCCUAGAGAAGAACCUGGAGAGAGAGCGCCACCCGCAGACGCUCUUCCUGCUGCUCUCAUAUUACAGACUGAAGUGGCGUCUGCUGCAGCAGCAGCAGGAAGUGGCCGUUAAUAACAGCACACCUCCAAACCCCGAACAGCUGCUCGCCAACAGGAAGAUCCUGCGUCUUGUUAAACACACUCUGGCGAGUGUCAGCGGUGUCCGUGACCAGGAGAUGACGCUGCUGGAUGAGAUGUUGGCAGCAUGUGCUCGAGAGGCGAGCAACAAAAGUCUGGAGCUGAUCUUCAGCUCUCACCUGUUUUACCAGAACCGACAGGAGAAGUUCAUCAGCAGCCUGGCAGAGGAGCUGCCAAAGAAGGUGGACAGCAUCACUCCAUACACAAUGGCACUGAUCGCCAAAUACAUCGCGCGCCAUCGGCUGAGAGAAACACAGCUGCUGGACACCAUUGCAGACUUCCUGGUGAAGAAGGCAGAGUAUCUGGAUAGUAAGGUGAUCCAGAAGCUGGUGUUUCCGUUCAGCAGGAUGAGCUACCGUCCGUCUAACGAGCAGCAGUUUUUCUCGCGACUGGAGGAGGCGGUGGAGCUGAAGGCUCUCAGCUCACCUCUCGCCACCGUCAACAUCCUCAUGUCCCUCUUCCAGCUUGGUCACUUUCCUGGCCCAGUGCUGCACCGCGUCUUCUCCUCCACCUUUAUCAGCAACGUUACCAACAGUCCCUACGCUCUGAUCGUUCGGAGGUAUCUGUCUCUGCUGGACGCUGCUGUGGAGCUCGAGUACCACGAAUACACAGGGCCACGCCUUCAGGACGCCCACAAGGUCCUGAUGUUUGACCACGCCCUCACUGCUGAUGAGGUCAACCGCAAGUACAGUUAUAAAGGUCUGGUCGCUGAAGCUCUGCGGCAGCUGGUUGGAGAACAAAACUACAAACAAGAUGAAGUACUUGCUCCAGGAUACUACACAGACUUUGUGUUGUGGUUGGAUGGUUCUGGUCAGGUUCUACCCAUCAGACCUGGAUCUUUGAGCUGUGUUACCAUGGCGUCCAAACCUGCUGAUGAUGGAGUUACGGUGGUGACUUCAGAGUUUCAGAGGUUUUCUCCAUUCACAGCCUUGGAGGAUGGCAGUGAGCAGCCACGGCAUUUGGGUGAGGUGAUGGGUGGAGCCAUGGAGUCCAGGUCCUUCUUGCCCCACCAUAUCCGCAGCCAAGUGGGGGCCCCGGCAUCCUCGGGAGCCCCCCAGCCUGGGACUAAUGGCAACCCCCUGGACUACAGUCCAUACUACGUACCUGCAGCUGAGUACUACUCCAGUUUGGCAAAGGAGCAUUCACUGGAGAGCCAGGACAGUUCUACACUCAGCAGCUCGCCCUCUGAUGGCCUAGUUCCACUUGGGGCUCAGGGACCCGUUGGCCCCACUGCACCGGACUCUUUGUUCCAGUUUUCCAUUGGGAAGAUCCUGGAGGACGAGAGGGGAGCGGGGGUGCCAGGGAGUCAGGAGACGGACUGUGAGCUACCUGGUUUUUAUGAGGGUGUUGCAUAUCCUGAAGGGUCAGGGGUUGACAGAGGGACCACGUCACCACCACAACUCCAACCACCCAACAGGCCAGACCCCGACAGCCCACCACCUGACCAGAGACCAAUCAGGAGGGUCAUCAUGUCCGUUAACGAUAAGUGGCAUUACUGCCAUAACUCGGACGUUCUGGUCGGGUCUCGAGCCAUGAGAGACCGUCACCUGAGGCUGCUGGGAUACGUCAUCGUCCAGCUUCCGUAUCACGAGCUGGAAAAACUGAACGGCAUCGACGAGGUGAAGCAGUACCUGCACAAGAAGCUGCUGGACGUGUCGCUAUGACGACCUGCACACCACUCUGUGUGUUUGUGUGUGUGUAAGAGAGUGAGUGAAGCAUCCACCAGAGGGCGUUCUGAUGUCGGACUGUGAGACACCACGAUAAGAAUCAGGAGUUCUAGCUGCACAGUUAAAGGACCAUGUCGCUGUUUCCACUGUUGUUUCAGAUCAGUGGUUUAAAAGUGAUUAUCAAUCAGCUGUGGAUCUGAUGAUGUCAUCGUGACGAGUGAUGAUGUCAUUGUGGCAAGCGAUGAUCGUGAAAACAGUAGACUGCUCCCUUUAGUGUCAUGUGAGUGCAAGCUGAUGGUUUUUUUUCAAGGUGGGUGGGGUCAGUGUUGGGUAACCAUGGUAACAAUGAUGAUGCAUGUAUGGGAUGGAGCUGGGAGUUGAUGCUUCUUAUGGGAACUGUAGUGUUGCUAUGGUAACACAUGCCAAAGGCCUGAAGGUCGGUGUGGUGUCAGGGGUCAAAGUUCAGAUUAUUUAUUUGUGUUGGAGGGAAAGAAGAUUGUUUAUAUAAAUGUCUAUAAAUACUGAAAAA